AUGAAAACGUUAGUUGAAGAGAUUGAUAAAAGGACGUAUAAUCCCAACGCAUAUUUCACAUCGCUAGACCCUCAAGCACGUCGAUAUACCUCUAAAAAAAUCCAUAAACAUGGGACGACAUCUACCUCUAGACCCGUGAAGCGCAUAAACUAUUCGUUGGCGGAUUUAGAGGCCAAGUUGUAUACCUCCAGGCCAGACGGUGAUGGUAGUAUUAUCAGCGGACAGAAUGAUCGAAAUAGUAAGAAUUCGAAUUCAUUUGAAGAUAGGUACACACAACAGGAAAUUCUUCAGUCGGACAGGAGAUUCAUGGAAUUGAAUACAGAGAAUUUGUCAGAUUUGCCUAAUGUACCGACUUUAUUGAGUGAUCUCACUGGCGUACCACGAGAUCGAAUCGAGUCGACCACGAAACCAAUCUCCCAGACUUCAGAUGGUCUCUCUGCAUUGAUGGGAGGCGCUCCUUUUGGGAAAGAGCAGUCCAAGUAUGGCCAUGGCUGGGUACUGAAGCCAGAGACUCUAAGGGAGGUUCAGUUAUCCUAUAAAUCUACAAAGCUGCCGAAGCCAAAGAGAAAAAACACAAACCGUAUUGUUGCACUGAAGAAGGUUUUAAGUUCCAAAAGAAAUUUACAUUCAUUUUUAGAUUCGGCUUUGCUGAACUUGAUGGAUAAGAAUGUCAUUUAUCACAACGUUUACAACAAGAGAUAUUUCAAAGUUUUACCUCUAAUUACAACGUGCUCUAUUUGUGGCGGCUACGACAGCAUUUCAAGUUGUGUUAAUUGCGGCAGUAAGAUUUGUUCUGUGAAUUGUUUCAAAUUACAUAAUGAAACCAGGUGCAGGAAUAGAUAG